CUUGGAAAUACUAACUGUAUUGUAGCUAUUAAUAGCUAGCUAGUCACCGAUACUAUGGCGGCGACGACAGCUGGCACGACCAGCAGCAGCAGUGGUGGCGGGUCCUUCGUCACCCCCCUCGACGACAUGAAUGGUAAUCCUAGAGGAUGCCGUCGUCGAUCACAACGUCAGCAAUAUGUUUUAGCUCUCAUGUACGCAUCGCGCAUGCAAUACUUGCACCAAGAUGAGUCGAAAGAUCGGACGCGACCUGAUUCACUGUUUAUGUCGCGGAAGCAAGCGCACAAACAGAGCGCGUACAACGCGACGGGAAAGAAGCUGGACCACCAUCACCACCACCACCACGGACACAACCGACGCACCAGCAUCAAGCAACACUCGUCGCAACAUCACGACGCCGAAGCAAACUGGCACCCUGUUUUCCAGGCAGGCUGUCAUUUCUGGCAGAAUGCCGUGACGGGUGAAUGCGUUGCCGACGAGUCCAUGGGGUGCUCGCCAUGUCCGUUCCAUCAACCCGAAGUAGCAUGCGAGUGGAACGCCGACGACGACGAACCGGAUGGCGACUUGGCGCCGUUUCCACCGUCCUUUCAGUUCCUCGAUGCCGCGGCAGCCCCCAAGGCUGCCAAGAACAAGCACAUCAACAAGUCUGUGCACCACGUUGUCAUGCGCAAGAGCGAGCGGUAAAUGCCGUACCGGCCAACGCGGACAUACAUACCCUAGUGAAGUACAUACCGGUACCUCGCCAAAGUUAAGAAUUGGGAGGCGGCAUACAUGUGUAAUAGCACUACACACCCCGCAAGUCCAGUGUUAUAUCAUAGUAUUACACGAUCGCUACAUGUAUAUGGC